UGGGCAUGAUGCCGCCCACUGAUCAAUUAUCAUCGACCUGAGAGCUGAACAAUCACUCAAGCUGUUCUUGUCUGCCAUUGUGCCCGGUCUGUGGUAGGGAAAAGAAGUCAGAGUCAAGCUUGACCCCGAAUGGAAUCAACAUCCUUGAGAACACACAAAAACCGAAGUGCGCGCAGGUCACUGCAUGUCGAAAGAAGCAACGAAAAGAAAAGAAAAGAAGAAGGAGCGAAGUUCCAGUGUCACAACCUAAGUGCGGGGUACCAAAAGAAGUGGAAAAAGGAAAGGGGUAAGAGCUCCAUAAACAGUUGGAGCAUUCCCCACCCUAUCUAUACAAACCACCUUCUGCAAUGUGUCUGUUAUCAAAUGGCCCGCUGGCCAAAUGGUAAGGCGUCAGAUUUCGGUUUUCUAUCAAAAAACAAGAAACUCUCUCUGAAGAUUGGGCGUUCGAGCCGCCCGUGGGUCGAUUCAUCUUUUUGUGUCUUUUGGUUUUUUGUUUUUGGUAUGUUGGUUGGUGCUCGAGGUGGUGAUGUCUGUUUUAGGGAUUGUGUUUUGGAGAGGUUAGUCAUUCUGCUGUACUGCGCUGUGUUGAACUGUACCCAUAAGCUUACACACAUGUGGCCCCUUGUUUGCUCAGGACUCGCGUCACUUUCGCUUUUCUACCCAUUCUUCUUUCUUUUGCAGUUUUCCCCUUUGUUUUAUCUUUGACGGCUCAGUUCACGGGAUAGUGCCUGGAUGUCACUCUUUUCUUGUUUCCCCCCUUGGGUAGCCCUUGUUGUGGAAGCGUGGGUAAGGGGAAAUG